AUGCUGAGGAAGCUUGUGUCCAAAGAUGAGCGGACAACGAUUCUGGUCCUAGCCUCUUCCACAAAUGCCGUACUCCUUCUGGGCCCCUUUGGGGGCUCCAUGCUUCUAAAAGGGGAUGCGUUUCCGACCAUGGCAACAUUUCAGCAUGAAGGGCGCAAUGACACGGUUUUUGCCCCGUGGCUCUACAGAGACUUGGGUGCUUGCGCUGACCUCCUCGGCUGCCCUGAAGCACUCGGCAGCACGCACCAAUUCGAGUUCGACUCGGGAGCCACGGGCCCUGCCCUCAGCAUGACGAAGGCAUUGUGGGGCGGACUGAUGCUUCAGUCUAAGGUAGAGGUCUACUUCCUCUUUCUAGCUGUAGACAAGAUCUCCAACCUGGAUGUUUGGUCUGCAUUCUUCGAUUCUGCUGACUCGGACAAGUACAGAGCUUUUGUCCACUGCAAAGAGAAGCAAUGUGUGCAGCAAAUGGCUGGUUCUCCCAUCGUGCCAGUGCCAACAGUAGCCAGCUACUACUGUACCGAUCUGGUGUCGCCGAUGAACCAGCUCCUCAGCUACGCCCUGAGCACCGACCUUGGCCCUACGAAUGCGCGCGACAAGUUCGCGUUCGUCUCGGACUCGGCGCUGCCUGCCAAACCCUUCGAGGAGAUCUACCACACACUCGGCGAGCGGGAUGGCUCCGAUUUCUGCGUAUUCCCGCCAGGAGAGUGGGCAGAUCUUCCCAAUCCAGAUGGGGAAGGUCUUGAGGUUGCCGUGAAGGUUCACCAGUGGAUCACUCUAUCCCGGCACCAUGCUGAACGUGCUUCCGAGAUGUGGCAGAAGGGUGUGAUGCACAACUUCAUGUCGUACUUCAAGAUGAAUCAGCUGGGGUGGAACAAUAUGUUGGACAACAACUUCGCAGACAACCGAAAUUGGGGAUGUCUUGAUGAGUUCUGGUAUGUCACUGCGCUGUACGGCACGCUGAAGAAGGUCCACUCUGAAGGUGACCAGUCCAUUGAAUUGCCAGAGUUUACAGGCUCACCCUUGCGGAUCGAGAAGACAGCCGGUUGGCAGGGCAAGUGUGACACCUUUGUCAUCUGGGCAAAGUAUAUGCACAGCCUCGGCCGGAACGAGCAGCAGAACUUGAUGCUGUCGCUGGAUCCACCAUCUGUGCCCCACGGGGGCAACUGGGCCAGGCCUGGGUGGUGGGAUACGAUCUCCACCAAGGGCAUCCAAGCAAUUCGGAACUCAGACUUCCUUUUCGUGCGGAAGUUCAUCGACAAGCCGGCGCUCCACGAGGGUGGCGACUUUGCAGCGGCGUACGCAAAGAUCGUGAUCCAUGACAUUCCUGCCAACACGGCGGCUUAG